CCUCCUCCAGCGCAAGCCAGCAAGAGCUCGGAGGACAUCCGCUGCAAGUGCAUCUGUCCCCCGUACCGGAACAUCAGCGGGCACAUUUACAACAAGAAUGUGUCGCAGAAGGACUGAGGAAGCCGUUUUGGUAGGUGAUCAUAGAAUCAUGAUGUUCAACCCAGGCAAGGGGUGUUUUUGGAAUAGAAGUUGAGGAAUCCAGGAGGCAUGAUUUCUUAAGCCACGGCUCUCAGCAGAUGUGAGGCGUACCCUCCAGUCCUUUUCACCUGGACCAGAUCCCUGCAGAAGACACUUGGACAGUCUAUCCCAGGAACUUUGGGCUAGCGGAGCUGUGAGGGGAACUCUUAAAACCAGAUCAGCGUUGUCGGCCUGACGGAAAAGCUGGGACACAGAACAACUGUCUGCAUGUUGUGGAGCCGAUGCCGGUGCCAGGGAAUGAUGUGGAGGCCUACUGCCUGCUGUGUGAAUGCAAGUACGAGGAGCGCAGCACCACCACCAUCAAGGUGAUCAUCAUCAUUUACUUGUCCGUGGUGGGGGCACUGCUGCUUUACAUGGCUUUCCUUGUGCUGGUGGACCCUCUGAUCCGGAAGCCAGAUGCUUAUACCCAGCCUCUGCACAACGAGGAGGAGAAUGAGGACGCUCGCUCCUUGGCUGCAGCCCACACCCCAUCUGGCGCUAGAGCCAACACGGUGCUGGAGAGGGUGGAGGGGGCCCAGCAGCGCUGGAAGCGCCAGGUGCAGGAGCAGAGGAAGACAGUUUUCGACCGCCACAAGAUGCUGAGCUAGAUAUUUGCUGAGCUGUGCGACACCACUUCCCAAGAGACAGGGUAGCUCCGUUGGUCGAGAUGGACAGCAAGUCAUCCUUCAGGACAUCCGUGGUGUUUGACUGAAAGCUCUAACCCUCUCUGAUUUACCGUCUUUGUGGAGAGAAGCAGACCAAAAUGCUUGCCUCUGUUUUUGUCCCCUUGCCCUUUACCUCUCAGCCCAGAGGCUCCUUAACCCUUGCCCGGCUGACAUCUGCGCUGAUUGUUAGCCCAGUGGCUGCAUGUAAAUGGUAGGUCCUACGCUGCUCCCCCAGGUCACGGGCCGACUUGAGCCGGGGCUGCAGCUCCAGUGCGCUGUGCUCGGCUGGACCCCCCAGGCACCACUUGCUGGGACUGAAGUCUCUGUCAGCCCACCCCCACAUCAGAGACAGGGGUCUCUGUAUGGAGUGUUGGAAGCUGGCUGGGCCUUCCUGGGAUAAAAAUAGUGGGAUAAUUUUUGUGUGGGAUAAAUUAUGUGGCGCUUCUCCAGGACAGAGAAAGCUCCUCCAGUUUGCACCGAUGUUAAUUGGGUGUCAUGGUGUUGAGACAAGUGCAUUGCACAGGAAGGAGGACGGGGUUACCCACCAGUGGUCAGCUGCUGCUUGCACUUACUCUUGUGUAAACUGGAUUUCCACUUUAUUCAGUGGAAUCUGUCCAGAUUUACACCAGCAUAACUGAAACUGUAGCUUGUUUCUGUGUCAGUGAAUAUCACAGAACUGAUUACUACAUUCACAAGUAAGAGACUGACAGGUAAAAGUUGAUUUACAGUUAUAUCUUUUCCUGCUUUAGCAGUGGAUAAAAAUUUACUGGUGAGAAAGCUUUCUGUUUGUUUCCAUGUUAGUAACCCUUGACGCUCUCACAGUGCAGUCAGGGGCAUUUGUGUCUAGGAGAGCUGGGGCAAAGGCUUUACUGGAGCACUGUAAACACUUGUCUGGGUCUUGGGGCCCUGGAAAGGGGACACUUGUGCUACUCGGAACACUCCAAGAGCUCCGACUGUACUUGGGCUGCGUGGAGGAAACUGAAGUGAUCCUGCAAUGUGUACAUUGAUCCCACUGAGAACAUCGAUAAUGUCAGGAAGGUGCCAGAGUUUAUCAUGUAGCAUCUCUGUAUUAAAUG